AUCAGUGGUCCGAUAGAUCGUCUGACUUUUUUUGAUAAUGUGUGAAUUAUCAUAUUUCGGUGUACAUUUAUCAAUCAUUUUUCUUUACCAAAACAAUAAAGUAGGAUGAAAAACAAAUUUUAAAAAUUAAAUAAAAUAUUCAUCUCUUUUCUUUCUCUUGUAUGAGAAUCAGAUACACGAAAACGGGAAUCGCGGUGAAUUGAAGUAUUCUCUCUCUCUCUCUCCGUUCGCAUCAAUGGCUGCUUUAAACUCCUUCCUGUUAAGGGCUUCCAUAAAUGUAAGAGCUUUGGGGACUAUCAAAGCAUCGAGAGUAAGAGGACACUCCCUCCUCGCCCAAACUCAUCGCCCUUUUCAUCUCCCAAUUCAAUUUCGCAGGUUGAUUGUCAAGUGUGCAUUGAAUUAUAUAUUUUUAGAACCAAGAAGUUGCAAGCAUGAUUUCAUCGAGAGAACGAAGAAAUCCAAUGAUGAAUAUAUUGAGAAGCGCAAACGUGACAGCCUUUUCAUCGACAAACGUGGCAAAUUAAGAAGAUUUAAUCACAAAAAAGUUUCAAGAGAAAGGGGUGGUUCUUUAAGGGGAAAAGGAUGGAAAUAUGGAUCUGGAUUUGUAGAUGGAAUUUUCCCUGUGCUGAGCCCCAUUGCUCAGCAGAUUUUAAACUUUGUACAGAAGGAAGUAGAUGUAAAUAGGAUAUGGAGCUCUCUUGAUACUCUUCCUCCCACUAACACCACAUGGGACGAUAUCAUCACUGUUGCAGUCCAACUUCGUCUAAAUAAACGAUGGGAUCCAAUCAUACUGGUUUGUGAAUGGAUAUUGUACAGGAGCUCCUUCCAUCCUGAUGUUAUCUGCUAUAACUUGCUGAUUGAUGCUUAUGGACAGAAGUCACAGCAUGACAAGGCAGAAUCAACUUAUUUGGACCUUCUUGAAGGUCGAUGUAUUCCUACUGAAGACACAUAUGCUCUUCUUGUAAAGGCCUACUGCGUUUCUGGCCUGCUAGAGAAAGCUGAGGCUGUUUUCGCUGAGAUGAGAAAAAAUGGCCACCCCCCAAGUAUAGUUGUAUACAAUGCUUACAUUGAUGGGUUAAUAAAGGGAAGAAACUCGCGAAAAGUUGAAGAGAUCUUUGAAAGGAUGAAAAGAGAUCAUUGCCAACCAACAACUGACACUUAUACCAUGCUAAUUAACCUAUAUGGAAAGGCAAAAAAGUCCUAUAUGGCCUUGAAGCUGUUUAAUGAAAUGAGAAGUCAGAAAUGUAAACCUAAUAUUUGCACAUAUACUGCUUUGGUAAAUGCAUUUGCUAGGGAUGGACUUUGUGAAAAAGCAGAAGAAACAUUUGAGCAGCUACAGGAAGCUGGGUAUGAGCCUGAUGUCUAUGCUUAUAAUGCUCUUAUGGAAGCAUACAGUCGUGCAGGUUUUCCUUAUGGGGCUGCAGAAAUAUUUUCACUCAUGCAACACAUGGGAUGUGAACCAGAUAGAGCUUCAUAUAACAUUAUGAUGGAUGCAUAUGGUAGAGCCGGUCUGUAUGAUGAUGCGCAAGCAGUGUUUGAAGAGAUGAAGCGGCUUGAGAUAACCCCAACUAUGAAAUCACACAUGCUACUUUUGUCGGCCUACUCAAAAAUUGGUAAUGUGGCAAAAUGUGAAGAAAUUGUGGGCCAAAUUCACAAAUCCGGGCUCAAACCAGACACAUUUGUCAUCAAUAGUAUGUUGAACCUCUAUGGCCGGGUAGGCCAACUAGAGAAGAUGGAACAGGUUCUAAAGGCUAUGGAAAAGGGACCAUUUGUAGCCGAUAUUAGCACGUACAACAUUUUGAUCAAUAUAUAUGGAAGGGCUGGUUUUUUUGACAAAAUGGAAGAGUUGUUUGAAUUGAUUCGUGCUAAGAACUUGAAACCGGAUGUGGUGACUUGGACAUCGCGGAUUGGAGCUUACUCGAGGAAGAAACAAUACCAAAGAUGUUUGGAAAUAUUUGAAGAAAUGAUUGAUGACGGUUGUUACCCGGAUGGAGGAACUGCUAAAGUACUCCUCUCAGCGUGUUCUAGCGAAGAUCAGAUUGAACAAAUUACUACUGUAAUUAGAACAAUGCACAAGGAAAUGAAGACAUCAUUGCCAACUUGAUGAAUGUAUGUGACACGCCACCUUCUCAAGUAUUCGAAUGCUGCAGCUACAAAUUUCAACCAACUCUACUACAACCCAAAAUUCAAGCAAAUCAUGUACUUCUUUUUCUCAAAUUAUAAGGUCCAGAAUAUCUUAAGUUCAAUUGAUGUAGCAUUCUAUCUUCCUUCCGUAUAAGCUUUAGCAAAAUUGUAAGGUCCAAAUUUUGAGUUCCUCGUGCACUAGGCUGUCCUUUUUAGAUGGACUCAUGUAUUUGUGUUUGUAUUACAUGGAUGCCUAUACUUGGGAUUUGUUAUUGAUAAUUAAAGUAUAAAAAAAAUAUUGAAAUAUUUAAGUACUAAA